ACUGCUCUUGUCGUCGCUCCAUCGCCCAGCUCCCGCGCGCGCCGUUUAUAUCCCCGUCGUUGUUGUCUGUUGAGCAGGCAUUGAACACGUUAAGAGCAGGACUGUGUGAGAGGAAGCUUGAACGGUGUGAACUUUGAAGCUAUACCUACCUAAGGGAAUCACGGGGACAAGAUGCCAGCUCCAUCUGAUAUCCUGAAUGACCCGGAUAUCGCGCAGGCGUAUGAGGAUGUGAGGUCGGAUAAGUCGGAGACUACGUGGUUGAUUCUAAAGUAUGCAUCAGCCACAUCCGACAACCUCACCCUCGCCAACACAGGCACGGGCGACAUUGCCGAAAUGACGCAAAGCCUCGGCGACGAUGAAGCAGCCUACGCCUACGUGCGCAUGAAACUCGGCAACGACGAGUAUAGCGAACGUGUCAAGUUUGCUUUUGUGGUGUGGCAGGGCCCCCAAACAAAAGUCAUGCGCAAAGCCAAAAUGAGCUUCCAGAGCGGCCAGGUCAAGCAGGUGAUUAGGACGUAUGCGGUUGAGAUACAGACGGGGGAUAAGAAGGAUUUGGAUGCCGAGGCUGUGACGCUCAAGUUGAGGAAGGCCAUGGGCGCGAAUUAUGAUCGGCAAACUACGAAUUACUAGAGGCACUGGGUGGGUAUGGCGGUUGGAGAAUUGGCUUGGUUUGGGUACUUUGAGAGCGCUAGUCUCAGGAUAGGUUAUUCGUACUCUGAAAUCAUGUUCACAUCCUCGCCUGGAAUAGAAAGCAUCUUAUCCCUCGUCG